AUGUUCAGAAACUUUUUGCUCAAAUCGCUCAGAUCCACGCCAAGAUCAACCGCAAGACGCAUCGGCUACACCCCACUCGUUACCCGAACUUCUUUUCCCACGGCACAACCGUGCAAUUUCGUUCGUUCAUACGCGGGAUUUCCCGAAUUGACAAGGGACAACGCCAAGGAGAGAAUAAUCGAGCUCUUGGAAGGGUUCGACAAGGUCGACCAGGGCAAGACGGGAGGAAUCCAAGAAUCAUCGAGCUUUGUUUCCGACUUGGGGUUGGAUUCGUUGGACGUGGUUGAAGUUGUGAUGGAGUUGGAACACGAGUUCAAUAUACAAAUCCCUGACAACGAGGCUGACUCUAUCAAGACUGUCGGACAGGCUAUCGACUAUAUCAUGUCCCAGCCCGAUUCAUGUUGA